UUCAACAACUCUUAUAAGAAAACUAUAAAUAUGACACCAAACCAUACUAUGACAAACACGAAAAUGGAGCGAAUAAUCCUAGCCGUUCUUCUGACAUUGAUUGCAAGCUGCUCAGCCAGGCCCAAUGAGCAGAUAGUUGGUGGAAGUAAUGCUUUGAAUUGUGAAUUUCCACACAUGGUGUAUAUUGAUAUUAAACUGAGAGACAGAGAUUCAUUUUGUGGUGCUACUUUGUUAUCAGAUAAAUGGGUUUUAACAGCUGCUCAUUGCCUUGAUGGUGAUGUGAUCGGUGUUGACGCCCAUAUUGGCUCAACAAACAAGAAGAAUGCUUCACAAGUCAUUAAAGCCAGACAAUGGAUCCCUCAUCCUGAAUACUCACUGACUCAUACUGUUGUUCAUGAUGUUGCUGUUUUGGAACUGUCUCAAAAAGUACGUUUAGGCAGAUGUGUUUCUCCACUUAAACUCCCAAACAAAGGAGACACCUAUUAUGGUACAUGUACUGCCGCCGGAUGGGGUCAAACAGGAAAUCACGGAAUUUUCCCAGAUAAACUACAGAGAACUAGGAUUAACAUAAUCCCAACAAGUGAAUGCCAGAAACAGGCAGCUGGUAUUACUGCUGAACAACAUAUUUGUGUUGGAGAUAAUAAAGACAAAGGCAAAAACGUCUGUGGUGGAGAUUCUGGUGGUGGUCUCGUCUGCCGAAGGAAAUCUGACAAUGCCUACGUCGUUGCUGGUAUUGCUUCCUAUGUUUUUGACUGCGACAAAGGAUUUGGAGUCUAUGCCAAUGUGGCCAAUUUCCUUGACUAUAUCAAGGCAUACAUGAGCUUGUAGAUGUUCAAAAAUAUAUUUAUUAAAAUAACGCCAACGAAAUAAAAUAUAUAGAAAUA